GGCGGCGGGGCGGCCCUCGGGCCAUGCGUUCGGCUCGGCCCAACCCGGCCGGCCGGGGGCGGCGCCCCGAGCCCGGGCCCCGCGCGGCCCGUGCCCCCGGCUCCCGCUGAGCUCCGGGGGCCCCACUGUGGCCGAGGCCAUGUUCCCCGUGUUCCCUUGCACGCUGCUGGCCCCCCCCUUCCCCGUGCUGGGCCUGGACUCCCGGGGGGUGGGCGGCCUCAUGAACUCCUUCCCGCCACCUCAGGGUCACGCCCAGAACCCCCUGCAGGUCGGGGCUGAGCUCCAGUCCCGCUUCUUUGCCUCCCAGGGCUGCGCCCAGAGUCCGUUCCAGGCCGCGCCGGCGCCCCCGCCCACGCCCCAGGCCCCGGCGGCCGAGCCCCUCCAAGUGGACUUGCUCCCGGUCCUCGCCGCCGCGCAGGAGUCCGCCGCGGCGGCUGCGGCCGCGGCCGCGGCGGCCGCCGCCGUGGUGACUGCGCCCCCGGCCCCCGCCGCCGCCUCCACUGUGGACACAGCGGCCCUGAAGCAGCCUCCGGCGCCUCCUCCGCCACCCCCUGCCGUCUCCGCGCCGGCCGCCGAGGCCGCGCCCCCCGCCGCGGCCGCCACCAUCGCCGCGGCCGCGGCCACCGCUGUCGUCGCCCCGACCUCGACGGUCGCCGUGGCCCCGGUUGCAUCUGUCUUGGAGAAGAAAACAAAGAGCAAGGGGCCCUACAUUUGCGCCCUGUGCGCCAAGGAGUUCAAGAACGGCUACAACCUCCGGAGGCACGAAGCCAUCCACACAGGAGCCAAGGCUGGCCGGGUCCCUUCGGGUGCUAUGAAGAUGCCCACCAUGGUGCCCCUCAGCCUCCUGAGCGUGCCCCAGCUGAGCGGGGCCAGCGGGGGAGGGGGAGAAGCCGGGGCUGGCGGCGGCACGGCCGCCGUGGCGCCCGGUGGCGUGGUGACCACGACUGCCUCUGGAAAGCGCAUCCGGAAGAAUCACGCCUGCGAGAUGUGCGGCAAGGCCUUCCGCGACGUCUACCACCUGAACCGGCACAAGCUGUCGCACUCGGACGAGAAGCCCUACCAGUGCCCUGUGUGCCAGCAGCGCUUCAAGCGCAAGGACCGCAUGAGUUACCACGUGCGCUCGCAUGACGGCGCUGUGCACAAGCCCUACAACUGCUCCCACUGUGGCAAGAGCUUCUCCCGGCCGGAUCACCUCAACAGUCACGUCAGACAAGUGCACUCAACAGAGCGGCCCUUCAAAUGUGAGAAAUGUGAGGCAGCUUUUGCUACGAAGGAUCGACUCCGAGCGCACACAGUCCGACACGAGGAGAAGGUGCCAUGUCAUGUGUGUGGCAAGAUGCUGAGCUCGGCUUAUAUUUCGGACCACAUGAAGGUGCACAGCCAGGGCCCUCACCAUGUCUGUGAGCUCUGCAACAAAGGCUUCACCACGGCAGCAUACCUGCGCAUCCACGCGGUGAAGGACCAUGGGCUCCAGGCCCCGCGGGCUGACCGCAUCCUGUGCAAGCUGUGCAGCGUGCACUGCAAGACCCCUGCCCAGCUGGCCGGCCACAUGCAGACCCAUCUGGGGGGGGCCGCCCCUCCUAUCCCGGGAGAUGCCCCCCAGCCACAGCCUACCUGCUGAGGGGGACCCCUGCACCCACCAGGUACUGGUGAAGUUUGUCCAAUGGCGGCGGCAGCAGCAGCAGCGGCGGCGGCGGCAGCGGCAGUGGUGGCAGCCCCCCCCACAGCUGUGGGCUCCCUCUCUGGGGCAGAGGGGGUUCCAGUGAGCUCCCAGCCACUUCC